UCUUGUAUUUGGGAAAAGAGAGAGAGAGAGAGAGAGAGAGAGAGAGAGAGAGAGAGAUGGAGAGAGGGAGAAGCAAAAACGGUUUAGUUAUGUGGGUGGUGUUAGUAGGUCUGGUUUCUCAGAAUGUGUUGAUGCCGGUGAUGUGUAGAAGCUUGCAAGGGGUUGAAGAUCAGAAGAACUACUACUCUCCUGACCCACAUCAUGGGAGCACCCCCAAAAGUUCCCACAAGAGCCCUACUUGUAAAACUCCAUCUCAUGGAUCGGGUGGGAGCGGUGGUUCUCAUGGGACUCCGUCUCAUGGUUCUGGUGGUGGAAGCUAUGGGACACCACCCCAAGGUGGCGGCGGUUACUACAAUUCACCUCCUACUUCCCCAUCCAUCACCCCUCCAACGUACAACCCCGUUACACCUUCCACACCGCCAGUGGUUACUGACCCUUACACACCGCCAGUGGUUACUGAUCCUUACACACCGCCAGUGGUCACUGACCCUUACACACCACCGUCCACACCGUCCUACCCCGGCACUUGCAAUUACUGGGGCAAACACCCACAAUUGAUAUGGGGGAUCUUCGGCUUCUGGGGGACGAUGGCUGGUGUCUUUGGUGCAUUAUGCACACCUGUCUACGGGCAAAACCUAAGCAUACAACAAGCACUGCUUAACACGCGCAGUGAUGCGAUUGGGUCCCUCUAUCGAGAAGGGGCCGCAUCGUUGCUCAACUCAAUGGUCAACCACAAGUUCCCAUACACAACUCAGGAAGUGAAGGACCGAUUCUCUGCCGCUCUCGCCUCGAACAAGGUCGCUGCUGAUCAGGCCCAGCUCUUCAAGCUAGCCAACGAAGGCCGGCUCAAGCUCAGAGCGUGAAUUAAAAUGAGAACAAUGCUCUGCGUUAGGACAGUAUAUGUGGCCUUUGUUUUUGUUUUUGUUUUUUUUUAUUUGAUUUUUUGUUGGUGAUUCCUGUAGUGUGUUAUUUGGGUUUGGCUUGUUAUGGUGUUAUGAUAUUUGUUAAGAUGUUUGUACUUUAUAUUACAUUUAAGAUGGAUGUUUUAAUGUU